AUGUCAACAACAGUGCCCAGAGAGAGAGAGAGGACGAUGUCGUUUUGUGCCUUAUCAUUACCACAGUCUCUGCGUCUGGUCUCGAAGCCCUUGGAUGGCCAUAAAAGCAUUCGGCCGCCGCGUUUCCGAGCCUCGGCAGAUGUCCCCGACUUCCUUUCCGCCGAUUGGCUUGAAUCUCGCAGGAAGAGACCUUUUGGCCCAAGACUAAAUCUUAGUGCAGAAGAAGCUGUCAAUCACCAGCUUGAUGCAUUGAUGUUCAAUGAUCAGCCACGACAAGAUUACGGGAUUGAAGUCAUGUACAGGUUUGCUGGAUUUGAUCCUUUUGAAAGAUCUACCUAUUUUGGGCCGUUCUUUGACCUGGGGCAGUUUGAAAGGUUCAGGCGGAUUUUCCACCAUUCAACCUAUCGGGUAUUGCUCGGUCACAAGGAGAGGAACAUAUUGAGCAGCUUGCAUGUGAAGGAGAAUCGUUACAAGCAGCGGGUUUGGAUACGUGGAGCUCGCCCUGAGGAGGAAGAAAUAUUUCAGUUCACCAUGGUUCAGAGAGUUGGUGGUUCAUGGGAUGGCUAUUGGCUGACAGAGUCUCUUCUUCACGACGGGGAUAGCUUUGCCGGCGGGGUGGCAUACUGAUUGUCAUCGGCCUGGGGUGGCCGGGAAGAUAGCUUUUCUGACCAUAUCUUCUUCUUCUUGUUCAAGCACUGGUGUUGCUUACCCAGAUUCUGUACAUAUAUGUACGUAUGUAUUUAUGUAUGUAUGUAUAUAUGUAAUAAAACAAAACCCCUGCCUCAAAUGUAAACAUUGCUGGCUGGGGCGGCUGGAUGUAUGCUAUAACGUGAUUACAAAGCUCAUCAAUUCAUUAUAAUCCUCCAAGAGCACUAAAAGUAAAUAUUUUCUUCCUUCCUUUCUUCACAUGGUGAUGGGUAUUGCUGACAGAUAC